AUGUCUGUGCCCCCUUUUCAACUGGAUAAUCGUCUCCAGUCCAGUUUUGCGGACGCCGGGCCUUGUUUGCCGGAAAAAUAUGAACCACCCCCAAACUAUGACGAGAGUCAUGCGCCAAUCUCCAGAAAUACCCUUGGGCAAGUCUCUAAAGGCGCUCUAGAAUACAACCAAAUCUCAACAAAGCUCAUCGAACUGGUUUACAGCAUUAGGAAGAUGCCCCCUGGCGUGCUACCUUUGUUGUUACAGGAUCUUAGGGCAAUCCUGCUCCAGGAACCACCCGCAAACAAAGUGGUUAUGAUGAAUUUCGUUGGCAUCAUUUACAAUACUUGUAAAGAUGUGUGUCAAAGAGAUGAAAGCCCAUCUACCAGCCAUGAGAUAAGCAAUCUACAGCUCAUUGAGCCCCCCGAAGGCACGACGAAUGGCGAGCGGCUGGGGGAGGACACGACAUCAGCCAGAUUCAAGGUAAAGGAAGAUCAAGACGCCAUCAUGGAGAAUCAGCCUCCAAGUACCACACCUCCAACUGCCACACCUCCAACUGCCACAUCUCCAACUGCCACAUCUCCAACUACCACAUCUCCAACUGCCACAUCUCCAAUGCCAACUCACACCAUUUCUUUGAGGAAGAGGAAUAAAACUUCUAUUGCACCACUUAACACCAUGAUACCAAAAAAGGAUCGGAACGUUCACGAAGUUCCUGUGGUCUCUGGGACGCCUGCUAGCGAAGAAGGAUCGGAACCUUCUUCUCCGAGUAUACCAUUUUCAUCCAACAAUGCUCUUGCCGAAGGCAAGAAUCAGGCGUUAUAUCAGUCUCUCAAGAAUUUUACUCAGGAGGCUCGUCAGAGAGUUGAGAAUUUUUCUUCAUUUGGAGUCUCAGGCGAAGCUGACAUAAAAGUCAUUGGCUUGCUCCAAGAUGUCGAGAAUGAUGAAAAGUGGGAAUCUGGCUUGAAACUUCUCUCAGAGAUAGAAUCGGCACAGAAAAUUGUGGAUUUGGGAAGCAUCAAAUACGCAAUAGCGGCAAUGAGAUUCACGAAUUGGCAUAAAUCACAAGUGAGUCUGGCAUUCAAACGGAUUCAAUCAACGGAGACAUCGACGAAAACAUCGAAGAAAACAUCGAAGAAAACAUCGAAGAAAACAUCGAAAAUCACGUCGUCGAAAGUAGUGCUAAAGGAAGCAUCCCAGUCUGUCACAAGCGCACUAAUUCGCCAUAGCUUAGUUGGAGAUUCUCAAGCAAGGAAUCUAUCAAGAAAGAAAAUUGCCACAUAUCUGUCGCGUGGAAGAAAGUGGCAUCGACUGGUGCGAGCAUUUGGAUUCGGUAUAUUGUUCUUUAAUCCGUGGGAACUUGGAAAAACUAUAAACCCAGAGUUGGAUCUGCUCAUUACGAAGCUGCUAGAAGAUCAGGAUAAAAUGAUCAUAUUUAAGGGCCUUGAAGAGCAGAUGAUCAAUCUUUCCAAGGAGAAGAGAACCAACAAACAACAGUUCGACAAGUAUCUGCGAAGCAAUAAUUAUUUUACUGCCGAUGAUGAACAGUCCGCCGAUCCUGGAUUAGAGGAGUUCUACGAGGAAGUUGUACCAUUAACCACGGGCGAUCGUCUGGUUAUUGGAGAUACGGGGCACACUUUUGACAAAGAAUCACUUCUUUCUCUAAGGCCAGAUACUUGGCUCAAUGGCGACAUCGUCGUUACUUGUUUAUAUUUAUCAGUCAAGCAGGAUUUCGUCCGCGUUUGGAAGUCAAUUCCUAUUCACCAAACGCCAAAAACCCAUAUGCCACUAAGACGCCCUUUCGAAUGCACUGCCGCUCAAAUAUCGAAAUGGCGUACAGAACUGGGUACAUUAACGCUGGUGUGCGUCUUCCCCCUGUUGCUAAACAACAACCACUUUACCCUUCUUGAGAUAAAUGAUAGAGAAGGCUUUAUAUAUUAUUAUAAUUCUCUAAAGGGAAGUUACAAAUAUGUUAAGGAAGCAUGUGAGAAAGAAACAAUCUUCUCUCAUUUGAAGUUCAGAGAAACAGAAGUAACGCAGCAAGAAGAUAGCCAUAGCUGCGGAUUAAUGGUGAUUAAGAAUGCCCAGCGUCGCAUGAUGGGCCUACCUGUAACCUCUUACGACGAGUCAUCCACAAGUCCGAACGAAUUAAGACAUGAGGCCAUAGGUUUAUUGAGAAAAGCGUGGAUUGAUGGUAUUAUGCUUGAAGCCCCUCGGAGGAAACGCAAAAUACAGGAGGGUAUUGAGCAAUGGGGCAACAGAGGACAAAGUGAACGACAAUCGAAUAAACGACAAAAGAAUGUGCGAUAUGAAGAAGGGGACAAACGACGACAAAGUCAACGACUAAUGAAUAAACGACAAAAUGUGCAAUAG